GGCUAGCCGAACCUGAGUGUUGAGCUAUCAUGGCAUCUUUUCUGACGAGCGGGUUCUGUCUCCUGGCCGUGCUGGCCCUCGGACUGUGUGCCCAGGCACCCAAGCCGUUUGUGUCCCGCGCAGGUGUGAUGUACAACAGCAGAUCCUACGCCUCCAUGAUCACGGUCAAGAACGGGGAAAAGUUUGGCAACUGGACAUGGCCUGAGAUGUGUCCCCCAGACUACUUGGCCGUUGGAUUCAGUUUGAGGGUGGAAGAUAAACAGUAUGCAGCGGAUGACACUGCUCUGAAUGGGAUUCGUCUCAUCUGCAGUAAAAAUGGCAAUAGAAACUUCGUCUACUCAGUGGAGUCCCACACUGGAUACUAUGGUGACUGGACCACAACGCAGUACUGCCCCACCGGCCACCUGGUGGCCUUCCAGCUGCGCGUGGAGCCCCACCAGGGCUUCUUCGGGGACGACACGGCCGCCAACAACAUCCGCUUCCGCUGCAGCAGCAACCCCACGGUGGAGGGCCACGGCAGGGACUGGGGCGAGUACGGCUACUGGAGCGAGACCUGUGUCGACGGGGGCAUCUGUGGCAUCGAGACCAAGAUGGAGGAGCACCAGGGCGGCCUGGACGACUCCACCCUCAACGAUGUCCGUUUCCACUGCUGUAAGAGCACGCCUCAGGCUUAGCCCAAAGACAGAUUUGGCUGAUUCAGAUGUCUUCACAUUUGUUGGCAGUUUGUUAAAACCACAGGAUGAUCAUGGAGGAGUCAGAAGGAAAUGAAAAAUUCACAAAUAAAUUCAGCAUGCAACUA